CGGCGGGAGCGAGGUGGAGCGGGUGACGGGGCCGCGGAGGGACGGGAGGGGACUGGACCGGAGCGAAGCGAGCGCAGGAGACGAAGGCCCGUGGCCGCCUGCUCGCCGUUCAGCCGCCGCACCGCGGGCCCUGAACCGUCGCCCCGCCAACUCUUCAUCCCCCGCUUCCCCCCCCCCCCCCCUCCAAAACUCCGGACCGUCAUCAUGGUGAAGCACGUAGAAAACCUGGCGGAAUUUGAGACAGAACUGGUAGGUGCUGGUGUCAAGCUUAUAGUGGUUGACUUUUCUGCCACGUGGUGUGGACCGUGCACAAUGAUCAAGCCCUAUUUCCAUAGUCUGUCUGAGAAGUAUAGUGAUGUGGCGGUGUUCAUCGAAGUUGAUGUGGAUGAUGUGCCGGAUGUUGCUGCGCACUGCGAUGUGAAGUGCAUGCCAACGUUCCAGUUCUACAAGAAUGGAAAGAAGGUCCAUGAGUUCUCUGGAGCCAACAAGGAGAAGCUGGAAGAGACCAUUCAAAGACUAGCUUAAUCUCCACCCAUGGACACACUGAAACAUGAUUGGCAAAGUUAUACCCUGUAACUUUUCUUAAAAAAAAUGAGAACAGAGUGGUGGAAACUAUCCUCUUGGUCUAUGUAAGGGAGUACAUUAAAGCGCAUAUUCUUCA